UACAAGUGAAUUCUCUGGUUCCCACGCCUUAAUAAGUAGUACACACAAAUGAAUUAACUCGUUCCCACACCUUAAUAAGCUGCGUUCAGACAUUCUCAUUUAUUUUCACGUCACGUGAUGUCACUUUAGGAGCCUGUAGUUUUGUUUGUAUACUUUUAAAACAAUCAUAAUUUAUCAGUUGUGCUCCAGAACAAAUCAUAUAAAAAGAGAGUAGCAUAACAUAUUAUAAAGACAUUUUAUAGUAUACACAUUUAAAACAGGGAUUCUGUGCUUCUUCUUAACCUGACAGUUAAAAACAGAGCCUGCCUCUUUUUCUCCGCCCCCCGUGUAAUGAACUACGUUUCCCAUGAUGCAGCGCGCCCUGUACUUUUUUCUUCACUCUUUUUUGGGGGAGAAGAGAGAAGUUGGUGUUUCGCUGGGAGGAGGCGAAGGAGGAGAGUUAUGGGUCUGCGGUAAAUCCGGAGACACUCCUUAUUAAACUCUGGGAACAAAGAGCGCAGAGCUCCGUGUCUCUCCCUCUCUCUGUCUCUCUCUCUCUCUCAGCCCGGGGUCGGGGGUCGGUCAUGCCGCCUCGGAGGCCGGACGGCGGGCUGAAGCGGGUCAGCGUGUCGCGGAGCUCCGCUCGACACUCGGCCGUGCUGCCCUCCGUGCUCACUUUCGCCGUGAUCGUGGCGUCCGGCGGCCUGCUGCUGCUGAUCGAGAAGGGCAUGCUGAACGGAGUGGACACGCCGCCGCCGCUCGCGGGCGGCCGGAGAGCGGACUUCUUCUCCGGCAGGCAGCAGGAGCCCGGUGCGGACGUGGAGUCACAGUUUUUGCAGGAGAUCCGCAACCGCACCAUAAGGGCCAUGUGCGGCCAGAAGAACACGGCUCGCAGCGUGUGGUCCCUAACCCCCCUGCAGAGGAAGACCCUGCUGCAGCACAUCCUGGUGAAUGACGAGCAUCGUUUCCUCUACUGCUACGUGCCCAAGGUGGCUUGUUCCAACUGGAAGCGCGUGCUGAAGGUGCUGAGCGGUUCCCUGGCGCACGUGGACGUCAAGGUAAAGAUGAAUCAUCGUGCCGACCUUCUCUUCCUUUCUGAUCUUCAGCCAGAGGAGAUCCGGCACCGGCUGCGGCACUACUUCAAGUUCACGUUCGUGCGUGACCCCAUGGCGCGCCUGCUCUCAGCUUACCGCAACAAGUUUGGGGAAAUUGAGUCUUACCAGCGCAAGUACGGUGCGGAGAUUGUGCGCAGGUACCGUAAGACCCGCACGAAGGACAAGAGGACGAUAGCAGGUGACGAUGUGACGUUCACGGAGUUUGUGCGCUACCUGCUGGAUGAGGACGUGGAGCGCAUGAAUGAACACUGGAUGCCCAUGUACAACCUCUGCCAGCCAUGUGCGGUGGAAUACGACUUUAUAGGGUCGUACGAGCGUCUGGAGAGCGACGCAGCGUACGUUCUGGAGCGCGUGGGGGCGCCGGCACACGUGCACUUCCCUGAACGCCAAACGUGGUACAAGCCUGUUACAAAGGAAACUCUUCAUUACUACCUGUGCAGCGUGCCUCAGAAGCUGCUGCGAGAACUUCUGCCCAAAUACAUCCUAGACUUUUCCCUCUUCGGAUAUCCGCUGCCCAACAUAACCACUGAGUACUGUCGGCACUAGCAAAGACUAGACCUGGAAACUUUUCACUUGUACAGUUCUGUAUUACACCUUUUAACUUUUUUUACACUAUGAAAAUUCUAAUGUUUUGGUAGUUUUUUACUCUUUUUUUAAAUAUUAUAUUGUACAGAUUUGGAACCGGUUUUAUUACAACAAAUCAGAGCUACAAUAUUUAAUUUGUAACCACUAUGUAGAACUGGAAUUACUGCACAUCUGUAGAAGGAGGCAAUGUUACUAAUGUGAAAUAUUUUUAUGUAUAUCAUAAGCAGUUACAUUGUCUUAUAUAUGGGUGUUGAAUAUAUUGUGCUGGGCACAAAAACUGAUUUUAUAGAAGAUGAAGAUCUGGCUUGUGACUUGUGAAUUGUAUACAUUAGCUGCCACUUGCAGGACAAGAGGAAAAAGAGCAAACAAGGAGUAGAUAUUUCAGCACAAAACACUCGAUUACCUAAGCAGCCUAAGGUUCCCUUUAUUGAGCUAAAUAGCUAGCUAAGCUAACUCUUUAAUGCAUACCUUGUUUUGCGAAGGUAAUGUAAUGUAAUUUCAAGAAUAAUUAGCUUGGUCUGGUUUAAGUUUCAGGUUUACAGUCAGACCUAGGAUGUUUUGGUGAUGCUGGCUUUUUACAAAAAGUAGUUUUUAUGCUCAAGGUCAGUUUGAACAAAGAAAAAAUCAAUAUUAUUAUAUAUUUAUGCUUGUUGCUUGUCUGCAUAUGUGGUUUCUUUGUUCAAAAAAGUCAGAUCAUCACUUACUUGAUGAGUUAUAUUGAUUCCAUGCAUUUUCUUGUUUUUAUCUCUAGAAUUUUUGAACCUGAGUUCAAGGCAAAUUUGAUCAUAAUACACAAUAUUAUUUUUUCUGCAUAUUGUGGCUUUCAUCAGUGCUUUAAAGAACACUGAGCAACUGUACAUUUCUACACAAGAGUGUAAUUUUCACUGUUGUAGGUAUGGGGUAGUAUAUGGAUAGUAGUUUUAUAAUCUGCCAGUACUGUUGUGUUUUGUCUGUGUGUUGCAGAAAUAUUGUACAUCAUGAAUGUCUUUAAAUAUCUUCAUUUUUUUUUUUUUUACCAUAUCACUCACCCCCCUUUCUUCAGUGGGUGUUAGUUAAUUUAGUGUUCACUACUUUAUGGGUUUAAUCAAGUCUUUAUAGGCAAGUCAGUUCACUUGCUGGCUAUCUUUGCAAUGCAGCCAGGAGCUUAUAUCCCCUCAUGCAAAACCAGCAUCCUAUCUGUUUAAAUUACCAUUUAAACAACACAUUUUACAUUGCUGAUAAAACCUGCCAAAAAUCUAAUGAACAGUUUGUGACGUUUGGCUCAAACAUGGACAAGAACUGUGACUUUUAGGCGUGUUAUAGCUGCUGCGCCUGCACAGAUCUCCACAGCAAGGAUCCUCUACACACAAGCAGCAAGCUGAUUGACUUUAUCCUUAAUCGAGUACCUUGAUUAGCGUUACGAAAACUCCCAUUUGUAAAACUGUCAGUGGCUUGUCUCCUCUUUAAAAAGGUCUCUGGUUUAUUCUAAUAUUAAAUCUAAAGAGUUAACCAUAGCAAUGAAAUGGGCCAGACUUACUAAUUAGCUAUCCUAACCACAUACUUUGGUGCAUGUUCUAAUUUUUUGGUGCUUGCACCUUUCUGUACUACAGUUAGACAAUCAGCAGUAAGGGGAAGCACAAAGCUAAAAAUUAACAAUCAUUUAGUGAACAAUCAAAUACGCAAGUGUUGAAGUUUUUUUUCUUAAUUUUAAGUUCUUAAUUAUGAGCACUAAAGACAGCAUCUCACCAUUUCGAGGGUACAGAAGAUAGAUAGAAGAAGAUAGAAGAUGCUGUAACUUUGUUUACUAAUGUGUUUUUGAGGAAAGAUUUUCGCAACAACCAAAUUCCAAUCUUAGGUUCCUUUUUGAAGUUCCCGCAGAAUUUUAAUGUUGAGACUUUUAAAGGGUCCCUAAGGGUUCAUAAUGUGGUCCUGAAGCAGCGUUUUAAGAUAUCCUUAGAGAUUGGCCCAAAGAAAAUAGGGAGGUCAAGUUGAUGGGAUGUUAAAAACAGAAUUUAAAAACAGGGUCAGACAUUUCUGAAAUCUUUGUCAAUUUUAAAAUGACAUUUAUAAUGUUACAAUGUCCAUUUUUUUUAUUUAUUUAGGGUUUCUUUUAAGGUUUGAAUUUUUUAUCAAGGUGACCUUUCUUGGGAUUAAACACUACUGGACUUUCCCGAAGCAUUUUUAUACAAAGACAAUGGUUAAAUGAUGGAACAAAACGAACACUGUUCUGGUUACUGUGCCUUUAAGAGUAUGUAUGUAAAUAUUGUAAGUCGCUUUGGAAAAAAGAGUCUGCCACAUGUAAUGUAAAUGACCAGUGUUAUGACUGACUGUCAUGUAUCAUUCCUUAUUCAAAAGCAGUCCAGGUUUCUUAUGUAUUUAGUGUGAAUAAGCGGGAUAACUGCUGUACAUUAAAUGUAUUUAAAUCAUUUUUUAUUUUUGUGACAUGACAAAAUUACCAAAUUUGCACCACAGGGAGCGGGGGUGUACAUACUAUAUCAGACUCUGUUUCCACAGUGUUGACCUAUUAUAUUUUCCUAUUAAAUCUAUUAAAUACAAGGCUUUCUCCA